CGCAACCUCCACUGAUCAGUCGUAUUUCAGCACUCAGUAAUAACGACCACUCGGUGAAGCGAGACGCAACAUCCGUCUGAGCCAUGCUCACGCUUUCUCGCCUUGUCCUUUUGGCAGCCCUGCCAUUGGCAUACGCCGUCCCGCCAACCGACAUCAUUCGACUUCUAGGUCCUCAGGGCGUGAACCUCUGGAGGCUCGACAAAGCUUCCCGCAAGGCUUCCAGCGUCGCUGAUAACGUACAAGCGCCUGUCGCACAUAACAAUCACGCACAGAUCACCUUCGGUAGUCCCGGCUUCGAUAACGAUGAUGCGGUCACGUCGUCGUCGCAAUAUCCCGAGUUCCCGGACCAGUGGUUCAACCAGCCCGUCGACCACUUCUCGAACGACUCGGCGACGUUCGCGCAGCGCUACUGGGUCAAUGCGCGGCAUUACACGCCGGGAGCGGGUGGGCCGGUCAUUGUGCUGGAUGGAGGGGAGACAAGCGGAGAGGACAGGUUGCCUUUCCUCGACACUGGCAUCGUCGAGAUCCUGACGCGCGUGACGGGAGGCGUCGGCGUUGUCCUUGAGCAUCGCUACUAUGGGAAGUCCAUCCCUGUGCCGAACUUCUCUACGGACAAUCUAAGAUGGUUGAACAAUGCCCAAGCCGCCGCAGACUCUGCCAAUUUCAUGGCUACCGUCAAGUUUGAUGGUAUUGACGAAGAUCUUACUGCUCCGGAAGUCCCGUGGAUAUACUACGGUGGCUCAUACGCGGGUGCUCGUGCUGCGCAUAUGAGAGUUAUGUACCCAGAACUCGUGUUUGGUGCUAUUGCCUCCAGUGCCGUCACCCACGCUUCUCUCUCGAACUGGGAAUACAUGGAAAUCAUUCGCACCGCUGCCGACCCGACAUGCUCUCGUCAUCUGGAGAACUCGAUCCGUACCAUCGACCAUCUGCUUUCUAUGCCUCAUACGCGGCACGCGAUCAAGGCCCUUUUUGCUCUCGGUGGUCUUGAACACGAUGAGGAUUUUGCGUCCUUGCUUGAGGGCCCUCUUGGAGCCUGGCAAUCGAAAAACUGGGACCCCGCCGUUAACAGCGAAGGCUUUGACGAAUUCUGUGAGGCUUUGAAUAAACCUAUUCUCGGAAAGGUCCACGUUGCGGAGCUUCCUUAUGAACACGAAGAUCGUAUGGUGGAUCUUUCGGAGAUCCUUCCUGGCCUCGCUGUGGACUUCUCAAUCUUUAACUACGCCAAAUAUAUCAGGGAGAAUUACGUGUCAAGAUGCGAGACCAACGUCGAAGAGUGUUUUGGUACCUACGAUGAUUCUAAGUUCCAAGGUACCUCCCUGGACGAAGACUGGAGGCUUUGGCUCUUCCAGGUUUGCACGGAAUGGGGGUACUUCUCGACUGCGCCUCCGGAUGAAGACCAACCUCGCAUCGUGUCAAAACUGCUCACUCUCGAGUACGAGUCUAGAAUCUGUCAACAGGCAUACCCUCCCGGCAAACACAUGGUUGUGCCCCCCAUGCCCAACGUUACUGUCGUAAAUGAACUGGGUGACUUUGCAAUUGCAGCCGACAGACUUGCCAUCAUCGACGGAGAAGUUGAUCCAUGGAGACCAUGCACGCCGCACAGCGAAUAUGCUGCUGACAGGGAAGAUACCUUGAUGAGGCCGUUCAAGCUCAUACCCAAUGGUGUGCAUCACUAUGAUGAAUAUGGACUAAAGAGCUUGGAGAAUGAGCCCCCUGAAAUUAGACAAAUUCACGGCGAGAUGAUUGCGUUCGUGAUGGAGUGGCUCAACAACUUUGAUUUGAGCAAGAACGAAUAAGACCUACUGUGUAUUGACGUUACUAUGUUUUCGGUUACUGUGUAAACAUGAUGAACAUACAUCCGGCAAACAAAUCAGCGGUUGGCAUAGCCC